AUAACCAAGCAACAAACAAGUGAAACUGGUGAUCGCAUUGCAACUGUGCUGUUCUAUUUGUCUGAUGUGGAGCAGGGAGGCGCCACAGUAUUUCCACAUCUGAAACAAGCUGUCAGUCCAGAGCGUGGAAUGGCUCUCUUCUGGUAUAAUCUGCUGGACAAUGGAACUGGCGACACGCGAACCCUUCAUGGAGGCUGUCCAGUUCUUGUGGGCUCCAAGUGGGCAAUGACGAAGUGGGUACAUGAACGUGCUCAGCUGUAUACUAGACCUUGUCUAAAAACAAAUUUCUAAUCAGCUCAGCCCACAGAUAUGCACGAAGAAGGCAAGUAUAAUUUAUUAAAAUAUU